UUCUUUUCACCCUUUCUUCUUUGAUUAGGUGAAUACAAUGAUGUCAAUCAACAAAGGGAAGGGAAUAGCUGAAGGUUCUUCAAUACCAGCUGGUGUAGGUGUUGGUGUUGAUGCUGUUGGUGGUGGUGAUAAGCAGAAUCCGCCGCCGUUGAGCCGGUACGAGUCACAGAAGCGUCGGGACUGGAACACUUUUGGGCGGUACUUAAGAAGCCGAAGGCCUCCGGUCGGGUUUUCGCAGUUUAACGCGGAUCAUGUCCUCGAAUUCCUUGGUUACCUCGACCAAUUCGGUAAGACCAAGGUGCACUUACAAGGUUGCGUGUUCUUCGGGCAACCGGAACCGCAGGGGCCGUGUACGUGCCCGCUCAGACAAGCUUGGGGUAGCCUCGACUCUCUCAUCGGUCGACUCCGGGCCGCUUACGAAGAGAAUGGCGGGUUGCCUGAGACCAAUCCUUUUGCCAGUUGUGCUAUAAGGAUUUACCUUCGUGAAGUGAGGGAUUCCCAGGCUAAAGCUCGGGGGAUUCCUUGCAAGAAGAAGAAGAGGAGGAGGAGGAAUCCAUUGAAGACUAAUGAAGUUAGCUCAAGCUUCACCAUUCAGCAGCCUUGA